AAGCCAAGGGCUAUCGGUAUGCCCCGGUCGCCUUUCCUGAUAGACAUCGCAGGCAACAUUGCUCUGAGGAAUGGAUCGGAUGCGGACCAACACCCUCAGACGUCCAGCGACCGGCGAUCAAAGCCGACGCACCAAGUAUUAAGACUGUGGUGAAACCGUAAUGAAAUCCGAUUUAGUAAUGAAAACCCAGGUAUUCUGAGUUUACACCACAACCCAAGGAAAGCCACUAUGCCAAACGUCCGUAUCGAUCGGGACUUUCUUAAUUGAACUUAUAGUGCAUACCGCGAUCGUCCGCCGGAUAUUGGCAACUAAGUAUUAUGCUUUCGCUGCUGCCACACCACCCGCUCGUCUGCCGCUGCUGCCUGCUUGAGCAGCCGCCGCUCUACCACAGUCUCCAUGACUGUUCUAGUCAAUUGGCUGUCGAGCUAAAGGCCCUGGCUCCCGCCUUGCGUCUGGACCCGGGCGACAACCUCACCGACGUGAUCUGCGACCUCUGCCUUCGUCGCCUGUACGACGCCCGCGACUUCCAGCGGCGGUGCGAGCACUCCGAGCAGGUGCUCCGCAUGCGGCACGAGCACUGGAAACACACGGUGGCCGUGGGAGACGCCUUGGCCCUGGACGAUGUGCUCGAAUGCCUGGAGCGAGAAGUGGGCAGCCUGGAGGGACCGAUGGCCAUGCCGCUGCAAACAAGCAAGCCGGUAGCCUAUGUGGCGCCCUUAAUGGAGACCGUUGAUUUUGAAAGCCUGGACUUCCAGGACAGCUCCCCCAGUGAGCAUGGGACUCCCUCGUACUGGGAAUCGUCGGUUGAUUCAGGCAGCCUUAACACUCCGCAUCACCAACCGGAGACUGCCGAGCUCUUUGCAGUCGAACCUCCCACGCCCCCGGAAUCAUCCGAAGAACAGAAAAGCCCAGCAGAAAAGCCCAGAGAGCGGAGAGCCAGGCCGCGCCAGAAAAACCCCAAGCCUAAGGAGAAGGCCGCUGGUAGCUUGCACCCGCGAUCCUUGCACCCGUGCGCCGAGUGCGAAAAGAAGUUCACUCGUAACUUUCAACUCAAGCUGCACAUGACAGCUGUGCACGGCAUGGGCGAGAUGAGGUACCAAUGCGAGGAGUGCGGCAAGAACUUUGCCUCGCGGCACAGUCUUCGCUACCAUGUGAAGUCGGUGCACUCAACGGAGCGCCCAUUCGGAUGCCAGCACUGCGAGCGACGCUUCGUCUUGCGUACGCAGCUGCUGUCCCAUCUUCGCACCCACACUGGCGAAGCCAAGCCGCGCAUAUUCGAGUGCCAACGCUGCUCAAAGAGCUGGCCCACCAAGUCCGACCUACGCACCCAUAUGCGCUCCCACAACCCCAACAUGGAGCGGCCCUUCAAGUGCGAUCGCUGCUCGAAGGCCUUCUUCACUCGUGGCCACCUCAACUCGCACCUGCUGGUACACACCGGCGAGAAGCCAUUCGCGUGCGAGUACUGUGACAAGUGCUACCAGAGCGUUGGCAAUCUGAACAAUCACAUGGUGCGCCUGCACGCAGAGAUCAUCGAGGCCCAGUUGGAGACGGAGGGUAUCGAGAGCUGAGGCCCACACAUCCUAGGAAGAGGCUGCAUCAAGUAUUAGGGGCGCUGGAGGGGCAAUUACACCGAGUCCACCACCUAUAACUCUUACAUUACAGUCAAUAAUAUUUAUAUAAUAUCAUUUUUUGGCAAGAGGUGAAUUAACUCCUAACACCACUCUUUAGAGUUACAUAUUCAUUCCAAGCUGUCAAAAUAUUCAUACUAUUUCUUAUUGAAUCAUGCAUUCAAAUCAAUGCCAAAUUGAAACAAAAAAUUGUUUUUUGAUAUGUCAUAUAUUAAUCUAAGAUAAUCUAAUCAUUACUGUU